UGAGCAUUAAUCUACGCAGUUGGAAUACGUUGAUAUGAGUCAACAGAGUUGUAAAAUUGUCAUAAAUAAGAGUAUUAGACUUUCCUCGUAAAAUUACCCAUUCAAAACGCUACUCUCACAAAUAACAGUUUUCAGAGCAUUUUCAAUGUAUGUGUUUGCGAACUCUUCCAAUAAAUAUUAUCACAUGUUUUUCUUCAAUUCGCCAUGUUUACAGACCACAUUGAGCAGGAAGUUUAUUAACAAAGGGAAUUAAAGGGAAUUUCCUCACAGGGAUGAAAUAUAACAUCCUAGUAGCUCUGUUGCAAAUAUUCCAUAGACUUACCCACUAUAUUUGAAAUAUCCUUACAACCAAACCGAACCAAUGGUUUCCUUGCCACAUGAAGGAUGUCAAAUCGUGAUGUAUAUAGCUGGGCUGGAGCACUAACUAUGCGCUGUCUCGGUUUGGUGGACUCUACUCAUGUUAAUCUGAUUUUCAGACAUGUAGAGGCAUCUCAGAAGGCAUCUGACCCAUUGUUUAGACACUAACCAGGGAGAAGCUAUGAAGAAACUGAUGCACAUAGGCUUCUCUUUGGGUAUUCUUCUGACACUGCUGCAUGGCGUCAAGGGUGAAGACUACUUGGUGGCCGUGGCAUAUAAGGGUGAAGACUCGCACAUCAGGUUCACAGCAGGAGAAACUGGGGGCCUGGUGGAGAUACAGUAUCCGCACCUCACCUACAGAAGGGUCGAUCUAUUGGGUCCAUUCAGUUACGUCUCGUCCAUGGUACGGGAUGAAAAUAAAAUCACGAGCAGUUUAGAAAAUAAGGCUGUCGUUGUGAGCGGAAGUGACGAAGAUGUGAACAUUGUGGUAGAUGCUGACGGUAUAUUCUCUCCACUUCCUAUAUCUGCCCUUGGGACCAAGUACAUUUUACCUUCAAGUCUCGCAACUGACAAUGAUUAUCAAUCCUUGUUACUAAUAGCUACAUACAACAUCAGCACUACUGUUGAUAUAUUCCUCCGAAUGAACAGAGGAAGUAUCAGCUUUGCCAAUUACCGUUACAGUGACGGUGAUGAAUUAUCCCUUAAACUUAAUCCGUAUCAAACGUUCAGGAUGUCCACUCCAUAUGAUCUGAAUGGAACGGUCAUUGACAGUGAACACAGCAUAGCCGUCUAUAGUGGUAUUGAAUAUGCCUCCAAGUACACGGUGUAUGACCAACUACUGCCGGUCAAACACUACGGACAGGAGUAUGUUGUUGCUGUAGAUGACACCAAAGUGGAGCUGCAGAUCAUCAGUGAACACAGCCACGUGCAGAUCACCUUCAGUUCUGGAGCCACAGUCUCUACCGGCGAGCGUCGCCUCUAUAACCGUUCACUUGAACGGGGAGAGAGUCUUCACUUCACCGCCACACGCCCGGUACUGGUGACACUCAGUCGAGGUGAUGGUUACAGCAGUUCCUUCACAACCGUACCACCAGUACACUCGUACGUCACUCACAGAGGAGUCUUGCUGUUUGGUGAAGAUCUCAAUAUAACACAAAAGAUACUUACUGACAAGAAAGCCAUUGUGUUGAUUAAGGACAAAGAGGUCAACGACCUUUUGACAUGGAGGGGUAUAGAAGGAAGCAGAUACAAAGUUGGCACACUGGUACAGUGCAAGUCAGGACGUAUAUAUUCUACAUCCAUAUCCAGCGACUUCCCCUUCACAGUUCUGUCCUUCUAUAACGGAUCGGUCUAUAACAGCGGCUACAAAGUGUCUGUAGAUGAACCGGAACAUUAUACAGAUCCAAGUUACUUGAUGGUGAUCUUCGAAAAGUACAGACGUAGACCUCGGAUACUCGCCAGUGCUGGAGAGACAGGGGGCCAGUGGCAGGUACAGGAUCCACACUCUGGGCGAGUCUGGUCUCGGCGCUUCAACCCUUACAACACAGACUACUUUAUCCCCAGUACCAGAACCACCAGUGUAGUGCUUGUUCAUGUCAGAGAUGAUGAUAUUCAGAUCAGAGGGACAGUGGAUUCUGUCACAUUAUUCUCUCCCCUUCCUGUGUCGGCACUAGGCACGAAGUACAUCAUGUCUUCCUGUCUCCCUUCUACUGACAACAUUCACCGGGACACAACGUCGUACAUGUCCGUCUUGGUGAUAGGCACACACAGCAAGGAGGCGGAUAUUGACAUCAUCUUCAGACUGGACGGCAACGUCACCUAUGACGGCAGGACCUACAUCGACGGGGACACUCUCAGUAUUAGAUUGGAUAAGUAUCAGACUUUCUCCUUAAACAGUUCAUCUGAUAUGACUAGAACCAUCGUUAAUGCUACGGAGACAAUAGCCGUCUAUAGUGGAACAUACGUUGUGAGCAUUGCACUCUUCACUACUUUCGAGCAGUUGCUGCCUGUGAAACAUUAUGGACAUGAGUAUAUUAUAGCUAUCCAGGACCAUUACCAUGUCCGCUCAUACGUGAGUGCCCUGCCAUACCAGCUUCAAGUUGUUACUGACCACAGUGACACAAGCAUCAUGUUUAAUAACGGUUCUUCCAUAUCAGUGGGUGAAGAUGGAGUGUACCGUACACAAUGUGGAAAUAAUGAAACGUUCUACUUCAACACCACAAGGCCAGUUAUGGCCACUCUGUGUACUUCGGGAAGGCAUUACUAUUCUGAUGGGCUAGUUGUAGUGCCCCCGGUAAGUCUUUAUUCCAAGUUCACAACACUACAAGCCCCAGGUACCAUGCAGAUAUUGACAGACCAAAAAACAACAAUGUGGACGUUCAACAAGCCCAUUACAAUCCCUCUACAGUCUUCAGCCCUCCGGUGACAUGGAAGAAUCUGUCAGGUACAAGAUACAAAGUGGGGACAUUGAGAAGCAGGAGCUACACAACAACCAUCCGUUCUAACUCUACCUUUGCUGUCCUUGGAUACAAUCUUUACACCGUGUACAAUGGAGGAUACAGUUUUAGCACAUAUCCAGAUACAGGUGGCAACCCGACCAACACUGCUAUGAUCGUGGGUGUAGUCUGUGGAAUAGUCAUUGUGGCUCUCCUGGUCGCCUUUAUGGCAUAUGUACUCUA